AUGGAAUACCUGGAGAAAAUGAUCCAUCUAGGGAAGAUCAGGCCGAGUAAGUCGCCGGCUGGAGCCCCUAUCCUGUUUGUGAAGAAGAAGGACUGUAGCCUACAACUGUGUGUUGACUACCGUGGACUUAACCGUGUCAGUAUCAAAAACAGGUGUCCUUUACCAUUGAUGGGCAAGUUGCGAGACCGAGUGGUAGGCGCAGCUAUCUUCAGUAAGAUCAACCUGAAGGAAGGAUACAACCUCAUCAGGAUCAAGCUAGGAGACGAGUGGAAAACAGCGUUCCGUACGAGGUAUGCACGCUACGAGUAUCUGGUCAUGCCUUUUGGUUUGGCAAACGUCCCGGCCACCUUUCAGAAUAUGAUGAACGAUGUCCUCAGUGAGUUCCUGCAUCAGGAAGUGGUGGUAUACCUGGAAGAUAUCCUAAUCUACAGCAAGUCGCAAGAGGAACACGAGCAGUUGGUGGGUAAGGUUCUACAGAGACUCAUAGAAAGUAAUCUGGUAGCCAACCCCAAGAAAUCAUUCUUCAACCAAAUGGAGAUAGAGUUCCUCGGAUACGUCCUCACAUCCAGUGGCAUCAGUAUGGAUUUGGAUAAAGUCAUGUCAAUAAAGAAUUGGGUUAAGCUAUGGUCCGUGAAGGACGUGCAAAUUUUCAUGGGCUUUGCAAACUUUUACAGGAGAUUCAUCCAUAAUUUCUCCGGUAUCUAUUGUAACGGAGCCAUUUCAACUGUCUGGUUGGAAGGGACCAUGCCUGAGAAGUCUACAAUAAGCGAAAGCUCUACAGCAAUGAUUAAGCUUACACCUGAGCGGCAGCUCAUUCAUGAACGCCUCAGUUGUGUGGCAACAAAGACUGCAGGUGUUACAAAGGCUUUGACUAAGGGUGAUUGCCUUCGGAGCCGGAAGCACUCGGUGACGCUUAGAGAGGCGGGGUAG